AUGAGCAAACCUACCAUCGUCAUUGUCCCCGGCGCGUGGCAACAGUCAGCAGCCUUGCUGGACUUUUCCCGAAAGUUAAAUGAAGCCGGAUACCCAACAGAAUUGGUGCAAGUUCCUUCUGUGGGAGCGGCCGGAAAUCCGCUUUCUGGCCUUGCAGACGACGUUCAGGCUGUGCGAUCGUCGCUGAGAGAGGUUAGGCAGAGUGGCAAGAGAGCGUUGAUCCUAGCGCACUCAGCUGGAGGCGUGUCUGGCAGCAUGGCUAUUGACGGGUAUGAUGUGAUCGGUAUCAUUUAUCUCGCCGCAUUUGUGAUACCUAAAGACGCAUCGAUUCUUGGGCUGGUCGGUGGUGAACCUUUGCCUUGGAUGGACGUUCAGGGAACAGUCAUUGCUAAUAAUAAUAAGGGUGAUCGAGUAUUUGUCAAACCGGAGUUUAUGUCUCAUGUUUUCUUCAACGAUAUGGAACCAGAACUACAGAACAAAUGGGCCAGUGAAAUGACGCACACCUCAGCGAAGCUUUUUAGCACGCGCUGCGAGUAUGAGCCAUGGAUGAAUGGUGUUCAAUGCGGCUACAUCUUUUGUUCACAGGAUAACGCUCUGCCGCCCCAGUAUCAGGAGCAGAUGAUCAACUUACUCGGACCAAACGUGGUCUGUGCUAGAUUGGAGACUGGUCAUUGUCCUCAUCUCAGCGCGCCUGAUAAGCUUUUGCAGGCAUUCCAAUCGAUCGUAUCUAAAUUUAUUACAAAAUAA